AGAUCAGAAGAUUUAUCCAGACUAUUGUCAUGGGAUUCAUAUCCCGCAGAACUACAUCGUAUUUGUGUGCGCAACAGAAAAUAUCGCAGAUUUUUAUCGUAAUAGAUGUGAUGCGCUUGUUAUCCGUGCUGUUUUUGGACCGUAACUGAUGCACAGAACUGACUAGGUGGUUGGAGGACGCGAAGAGUAUUAACACAACUUGUCUUCAUACUACAGAGUUUUAGAUGAUUCCAAAAAUUCUUAGAGGAGCUUUUUUCUACGCAAGAAGCUGAGACAGACCUUUCAGGACUUUCUCAAUCGGAUUACGUUGUAUUAGAAGUUACUGUUACGCUACGACGGACUACUUACAUUUCCAUCAAUUUACUUCGAUUUCUGACGCGCAGAAGAGAGAUUUGAUUUGAUUGCAGGAGCAGGUUAUACAGCCCCGGAAAACUGGUCCUGGUGGGCACAGUAUUCCUAUCAGAUGCGGGUUUGGAGACAAAAGCCGGCAACAAGAGAAGUACUUGUAGCUGCAGAAAACAUCGACAAGCUUCGACACGGAACGAAAGUCAAGGCUGUCAAACGACCAGGCGCCAGAAAAGAACUGAAGUAACCGCAGAAACAGAAAGUAACCUAGCGUGCAGAAUACAAGCUACCAAACAAGCCACUGCGAUUUCUAUCGCAAUGAGAAACCAGAGUCGAAUAUUGCCUUUGGUUGACCCAAAGACAAAUCAUCGCAGCCGUGCAAAUUCUAGUACUAGCACCGACUUACAGUCGCGUCGCCGAACAAAUAUAAAUUUGUACUUGUAGUAAAGCAAAACUAAAUAAGUACUACCACCUACUUCACCAGUACCGCCUACCGCUUACGCUUAGAUGUCCUGUGACUCAUGUCACGAGACUGACAGAUAGACUCUUUCUCUAGCCUCUUUUUGUUGCUUUAUCACAAUUCACCUUGGUGACAAUGAAGCACAACCACAAUUUCGCCAUCGCAUGCUGGACUAAAAAAAGAUAAUUAAAAUCAAUUUGAAAUUAAUGGAACACAAGUGGUUAAAGAACACAGAACACUUCAGUUCCAGUGAAAGUUCAAAUUUUGGUACGGAUUGCUUAUGAUUUUAUCCCUAUUUCGAACAAAAAGCAAAGAGAUUAUUUCGCAAAACAAAGUACUAUUUUUUUUUUCGGCCAAUUUUAAGUUGUGAAUGCGAUGUCGACCAGGAUUGAGAUCAUACGUUGAUGUUAAGAAGUUUUUUAUUUUUAUAGUUCCGAUUUUUCACGGAAGGGGCACUGCAGUACUACCAAAAAAUGCACACUAAUGUCUUCUGGUUUUACUCUGUUUUUCUUUUUCGC